AUGGAAAUUCCUCUUGAUUCUCUUUCUUCAUAUUUCUUCUUCUUCUUCUUCUUCUUCUUCUUCUUCUUCUUCUUCUUCUUUCAGCCAAUUUCUAACUCAACUCGACGGUGCCAUGACCAUUUCUUUUAUGCUAAACACGCGUACCAGCUUCUACACCCAUUCAACCACCAGCUUCCUUCCAUCCGCGUCUUUGUUCCAGAAUACUUAGUAAUGCCCUGUUGGCUUGACGUGGUUUCUAAGAGCCCAGAUCCAACCGUGCUGGCCACCGUUGCAACCAAACCCCAAACCAACAUCGAACUUAACGAGAGAUGUCUUUCACCAGACCUCAUCAGAUUAGCUGGACCACCCUAUUGUCUUGGCUUAUCAACGUCCCGGCUUCUCGAACCUUUUUCUUUGCUUAAUCGCCAGGCUUGGCAACUUUUCUUUCAUUUAUUGUACCCUUCUACUUUUCUUCAUAGUUUUACUCUUUUUUUUUCUCCGUCUUUCUUACCUGCUCAAAUUGAGAAGACUAAUAUUUCUUUCUUUCUUAUUUUUUCUUUCGUCCUUCCUUUCUUUCUUUCUUUCUUUCUUUCUUUCUUUCUUGCCUUCAGCUUUCACGAAUAUGACAGAAAACUAAUAUUUCUUUCUUUCUUAAUUUUCCUUUCGUCCGUUCAUUCGUUCCUUCUUUCUUUCUUUCUUUCUUUCUUUCUUGCCAUCACCUUUCACGAAAACGGCAGAAGACUAAUAUUUCUUUCUUGCUUUUUUCCUUCCACCUUUGACAAAUAUUGA